AUGGUCGCAUUUGGUCAAAACCGACGACACAAUGCUUUUCAGCUCAACAAUGCGGUCCGUUUUUAUGCCUGCGGUGUCUCGGAUCGGGUCCACGAGUAUCUCAACUACCUUGGGCUUUCAUCUUCUCUCAAGACUGCUAUUUCUGCCUUGAAGUCUUUAGCCAGGGAGAGCGCUAGGGACUUCAGACGUGCAAUGACAAUCCAAGAUGGACUCAUUGCCCCUAAAAUGUGUAUUGACAACAUUGACAUUGAGCAGCGUGUUCAUCAACAAUCCAUCGGCACUCAAAUGAAGACGUUGCGAGGUACUUGGGGAUAUAUACAUCUCCCCAAUCAAAAGCUGUUAGAGACUCUAGACACCGCUGAACUCGACCUCGCGGCUUUUAAAUUGGCAUUGAACAAGGUGGAUUCCAUCAUAAUCGAGCCUCACAUGUUCCUGCCGACACCCGACGAGGAGCAGCACGAGAUUCAGGUAUGGAAAAGUCAAAUCGCUUGUGUUCUACAGAAGUACAUUGCCAUGCCCGCCGACAAGGCUUCAGCGGUCUCAACUGACCCACCUGUGAUUGAGCAAAUAGCCCAUGGGGCACCCGAUCUCCUCAUGAUGAAGCUCAUGGAGGCUUCUGACAACUUGGCUGAAGGAGUUGGUCAAGUGUUCCAGUCACUCAUCAACCAAUCCGGACUUGAUGUGGAAGAGUUCUUCACUCGGCUCCAGCCCAUGGAUGGUGACCUGGCGACGGUUCAGAACUUCAAUUUUCUUCAAUCGCAGCAAGGGCCCAGCAAGGGGCCGCACAAUGCCCUUGAUAACAUCUUCUUCCAGCUGGGGGCAUCUCACACCCUCUGGAAUGUUGGUUCAACGAUUUUCUCUCAUCAUUUUGGUGACACCAGCAAUUCCACUAAUUGCGGCGCGUGGCAGCAUCUUGAGGCCUUGGGUUUCCCAUCGGAGAAAGCCAUUCAAAAAAAAGACUUCACUUUGAUGAUCAAUCAGAUGGAGCGUGUGUUUGAGGCUAAUAUCUAUUAUUGUUUAAGGGUCAUCAUGCAAGAAAACUGCAAGAAGCCGGCUCCAGAGAUAAAGAACAUCCCAACUGAUCAAUGGAACUCAAUUAUUGAAGAAUGCUAUGAUCACUUCUGUAGUCCGCAAGCGAGAUCAUUGGCGGCGGCAAUGGAAAGUCCCAAAUUGAGUAACAAUCUGAUUCAGUUGCAUGACUUUUCAACUGUGGUUGAAGCCAAGCAAUCGAUGAAGUCUGGUGAUGCCGGCCGACUCAUCUUAAUAUGGAAGAAAUGGUCGCUUAUGUCCCAGGCCUUAACCGGGUUGACUAACUAUUCAUCUUAUCUCCCACGGAUGGUCCUGUUACUCAUGGUAUUUCUCCCGCCAUCGCUGAGCAAGUACCUCCGCCAUGUCCUCCUCAUCUCCCCCAGCGGACGACCCGGCCACUUUGUGGCCAAGGACUUCUGGCUGGAGAUCCAAAACUAUUGGAUCAAGUUUCUAUAUAAUCACAGUGGGACAGGGACACAGAUUGAUUGCUUGCAAGACGUAUUCUCCCCAAAUAUUUUCCUGGUCAGUUACACCACGGGGCCAGUUUUUUGA